AAUAUAUAGAGACUUCUGAAUAUAAAUAACGAAAUAUAUAAUCUUACAGGCACUACAGCGGCGAUAUAUGGCUUUGCUCAAUUCAUGGAGUUUUGUUAAUUAAGCUAUCAAAUUAACAUCAUCAAGGAUGUUUAUUUACGCUAGAUAAUAGAAGACCUUUUCCAAACGACACAUAUUUGUUUGCCAAUACCAUGCCUAACAAAUGAUCCAGAAAAAAGCACAAGUUGAUAAACAGAGAGAGAUAUAUCUGCGGUUUUGUUAAUUUGUUUUCGCGGAGAACAUGGAGAUGUCUUCAAUUGAGUCAGAAAGCGUCUCUAAACAAGGAUCAAUUCAAAAAGGAGGUCUUCGAACUAUGCCGUUUAUCAUAGUUAAUGAGGGGUUUGAAAGGGUUGCGAGUGUUGGACUUCGUGCAAAUAUGAUCUUGUACCUGAAAAACGAGUAUCACUUAAGCAGCGCAACUGGAGCAAGCAUCUUGUUCUUAUGGGGAGCCAUCUCAAAUUUCAUGCCUACUUUGGGAGCUUUUCUAUCCGAUUCAUAUUUGGGUCGUUUUCGCGUGAUUGGAAUAGGAUCAAUCGUUUCUUUGAUUGGAAUGACUAUGGUGUGGUUAACGACGCUAUUUCCAGCAGCAAGACCACGUAGUUGUGAUCCAACGGUUGAGAGCUGUACAAAACCAAAUCAUCUCCAACUCGCCCUCCUGUUCAUGUCUUUUGCAGUGAUGUCGAUAGGCUCAGGUGGGAUUAGGCCAUGUUCAUUAGCCUUUGGUGCAGACCAGUUUGAUCAGCCUGAAAAUCCAGAAAACCCAAAAAUCCUACAGCGUUUUUUUAACUGGUACUAUGCUUCAGUUGGGAUUUCUGUGAUGAUAUCAGUCACAGUUAUUGUUUAUAUUCAAACGGAGAAAGGAUGGAUUUUAGGUUUUGGAAUUCCCGCAGUGUUGAUGUUAUGCUCAACUACCAUGUUUUUCAUCGGUUCUCCUCUUUACAUCAAAGUGAAGGCAAAUAAGAGCUUGUUCACUGGCUUUUUUCAAGUUGUUGCCGCAUCUUUCAAGAAUAAAGAUCUUGCUUUUCCAUCAAAAAGUUCGAACCAUUGGUUUCAUCACAACAAGGGUACCAAGAUUAUCGUACCCACGAACAAAAUACGAUUCUUGAACAAAGCCUGCAUACUGAAGAACCCCGAGAAGGAUGUGACUCCUACAGGAGAAGCUGUAGAUCCAUGGAGCAUGUGCACUGUGAAGCAAGUCGAAGAAUUCAAAGCACUAAUCAAGGUGCUCCCGAUAUGGUCUACAGGCAUAGUGAUCGCAGUCACUGUAAACCAACACUCUUUCCCUGUGCUACAAGCCAACUCCAUGGAUCGACAUGUGAUAGGGAGUUUCAAAAUUCCACCAGGAUCCUUCGAUGUUUUUGCAUUACUAACUUUAACCAUAUGGGUCGCUCUUUAUGACCAGCUUCUAGUACGCCAGAUUGCAAAACUCACAAAAAGACCACAAGGUUUUAGCCUAAAACAAAGAAUGGGAAUUGGGAUUUUUCUUUCAUGUAUAGCCAUGGUUGUGUCAGCGACUGUGGAAAGAAAGAGGCGCGAUGCAGCCAUUACCCAAGGGCUUUCUAAGAACCCUUAUGGAGUAGUAAAUAUGUCUGCAUUCUGGCUAGUACCACAGUAUUCGUUGAUAGGUUUAGCUGAGGCAUUCAAUGCAAUAGGGCAAAUAGAGUUCUACUACUCUCAGUUUCCAAAGAGUAUGACUAGCAUUGGAGUGGCUCUAUUUGCACUUGGGAAUGCUGUUGGAAACCUGGUCGGGAGUCUAAUUGUUGGGGUCGUGAAUGGGUACUCAAAACAAGGGUGUAGUUGGGCUUAUGGUCCUUGUGAUGAUCCAAAACAAUGGGAUGAUGAAGCAGAAGAAGUUGAGGAAGUUCAAGAGAUGAAAUUUGUGAAGGGAUCUUCAUCUCCCAUGCAUCAUAGGAUCUAG